UGCCACCGGGUAUUAUGAUCAUAGCUUAGGGCAGGCAGAUUAUCAGAGAGCUAUGGCUCUUGGCAUUCUCGCGGCGCUGCUGUGCUUGCUCGCCGGCGCUAGGGCAUCGCCGAUCGACGAGGACGCAUGGCGCGAGCUGCGAUCGACGAUGCCUCCGGCUCGCGAUCAGCUCCGAGCAGCGGCGAGCGUCUUGCGGAGAUUAAUCCCUGGCCAUGUCUCGGCAUUCCAGCUCCAGAUCAUAACACUGGAAGAUUGCGGUGGUAAAUCCUGCUUCCAAUUGAGCUCUUUAAUGGAUGAAGGUUCGAGAAAAAUAAGUAUCCAUGGAACGUCAGGGGUUGAGCUUUGUGCUGGCUUGUAUUGGUAUUUAAAAAACUGGUGUGGAGCUCAUAUUUCCUGGGACUUAACUGGGGGCUCUCAGUUAGAUACCAUUCCAGAGCCUCAAGCACUGCCUGCCUUGCCUCCUGGUGGUGUCAAAAUCCAGCGUUCAGUACCUUGGAGUUACUACCAAAAUGUGGUGACCUCUAGCUAUUCGUAUGCAUGGUGGAACUGGAAAAGGUGGAGGAAAGAGAUAGACUGGAUGGCCUUGCAGGGAAUCAACUUACCUCUUGCAUUCACCGGCCAGGAAACUAUAUGGCAAAAAGUUUUCGAGAGUAAAUUUAACAUGACAAAACACGAGCUUGACGACUACUUUGGAGGACCAUCCUUCCUUGCGUGGGCACGUAUGGGAAAUUUGCACGGUUGGGGAGGGCCUCUGCCAGAGAAGUGGCUGGAACUGCAACUAAUCUUGCAAAAGAAAAUUCUACAUCAUAUGCGCAGCCUUGGCAUGAUUGCUGUGCUACCGGCGUUUUCUGGCAAUGUUCCUCGAGCAUUGAAAAUUCUAUAUCCGUCUGCCAAUAUCACACGUUUGCCAGAUUGGAACACUGUAGAUGGAAAUCCGCAAUGGUGUUGUACAUACCUUCUUCAACCCAUGGACCCGUUGUUUAUCCAGAUUGGGAAAGCAUUUAUCGAACAGCAAGUAAAAGGUUUUAGUUAUCAGUGCUGUUUCUGGAUUCAAGUGACCGUGAUACUUGUUGCUGCAGAAUACGGAUCUACACAACACGUUUACAACUGCGACACAUUCAAUGAGAAUCUUCCUCCAACCGAUGAUCCAAGCUACAUAUCUGCACUUGCAGCGUCUGUUUAUGGAGCCAUGAUUGUGGCUGACAAGCAAGCUAUCUGGCUUAUGCAGGGCUGGCUUUUCUCAUCGGAUGCUCAGUUUUGGAAGCCUCCUCAAAUGAAGGCUCUUUUGCACGCGGUACCAUUUGGAAAAAUGAUAGUUCUCGAUCUCUUUGCAGAAGUGAGGCCUAUAUGGUCGAAGUCAUCUCAUUUUUAUGGUGUUCCCUACAUCUGGUGUAUGUUGCAUAAUUUUGGUGGAAAUCACGAAAUGUAUGGGAGGCUUGAUGUAGUCUCUUCAGGUCCAGUUGAUGCUAAAACUAGUGCAAACUCUACUAUGAUUGGCGUUGGAAUGUGCAUGGAAGGCAUCGAACAAAACCCAGUCGUCUACGAACUUAUGGCUGAAAUGGCAUUCCGCUCAACUAGAAACGCUCUGAAGGAUUGGGUGGACGAUUAUUCUACAAGGCGCUAUGGUAAAGCCGUCCCAGAAGCAUUGGAAGCGUGGCAAAUUUUAUCACAUACGUUAUACAAUUGCUCCGACGGCUUACAGGACCACAACACAGAUGUAAUUGUGAAAUUCCCAGAUUUAAACGCUUCUUCACUGACCACAUUAUCGAGAUACUUGGCAGAAGAAGGUGGCACCCAGACUCGACGACUUUUAACCGAAGGGCUGACCUCGUUUGGUCACUUAUGGUAUCGUCCUACUGAAGCAAAGGUGGCUCUAUCUUACAUGCUGAAUGCAUCUUCUAGUCUCAGCAACGUCGCGACUUACAGGUACGAUCUGGUGGAUCUUACUCGACAGGUUCUGAUGAAGCUUGCCAACCAGAUCCACCUGCAAGCACUGGUUUCAUUUGUCAAAGGCGAUCUGGAAGAACUUACAAAGAAUUGCGACAUCCUGAUCGGAAUUAUCAAGGACUCGGAGCUACUGUUACGCUCGAACAACGGGUUUCUCUUGGGUCCAUGGCUGGAGAGUGCCAAAAAACUGGGAACAAACUCCGACGAGACAAAUUUGUAUGAAUGGAAUGCCAGGACGCAAGUUACUAUGUGGUUUGACAAUACGAGAACCUUGCCGAGUGCUCUCCAUGAUUAUGCGAAUAAAAUGUGGAGUGGCCUCUUCGAGGACUACUAUCUUCCACGCGCGUCGCUGUACACGAAGCUCCUAGUAAAGGCCCUCCACGACAAGGAGCCAUUCCCAUACGACUCUUGGCGAUCUUCAUGGAUUCUGCUGACCAACACUUUCCAGAACGGCACGAAAAACUAUCCACUGGAGGCGGCCGGUGACUCCAUCGAAAUCGCGAAGUCACUGUUCAGCAAAUACGACUCUCUCGUCCACGACUAGCCGGGAAGACGUACGCAAAAAUAAAAAAUAAAAAAUGGAGGCUAGACUUUUUUAACUGGACAUUUUUUCUUCGCAGCAUCUUCUCGGAGAGAGGUUGAUCCAUCUGGGGAAGGAUUGAUUAAGUUCAUCCAUACUAUACUAAGCUCGCAAGGAAAAGAAAUCUUAGCCGCGAUCUAUCAAACUGGGAGAUCGAUCCACUCCACGCCAUUAAGAUAUUUUCUCAUUCAUGUAAGAUAAAGAUGAGAUAAAUCACGGGGGGGGAGAAAAAUUCCACCCAUCUCUACCCGUCAAACCCGUCAACAACUCUAGGCAUUCCCAAGUA